GAAAUUCAAGUAAUGCAGGAGCUUACGAGGUCGCGUAAAUUUAAAAAUGAGAACGCCGAGUCCUUUGGCAAACGACUUCGUGAGUUACUGGACACCCUGUUAUCUAUAGGAAACCAUGCUAAUAAAGGUUAUUACGAGGAAAUGGUAAUUGAACAGUAUGUUAAUAAUCUAGAUUUCCAUGUUUCAUUAGGCGUUAGAAUAGCGAAACCAGAUACACUAGAAAUGGCGAUAGUGGCAGCUAGACAGGAAGAAGCGCGACUUGCUCUUAACAAGCCGGGCCCUUCGACAUUCUAUAACGUCUACAGGACGAAAGCGAUGUCGAGCCAAAUUCUUGUCAGGAGGAAGCCGAAUACAACCCGGAUUUUCACGAAGCUCAGGGAGAGGAAGAUCGGAGGUAGUGAAAAUCAACGUCCAAAAUACCGACCAUCUACCGUACAUAGAGCUGCCGGAGUUUCAAGGAUCCUCAUCGCAGGAGCAAUCAUGCUCUGUUCAAGAGGUGACGUAAUCCUUAAUCCUGUUAACAACAAUCCGGGAAUCCUUUUGCUUAAACAAGGGCGGAUAAUGAAACAAAUAGAUAUUUUUAAUUUAGCAUGUGUGUAUAACAUGACUUAUUUGCAGUCAACCAUUAAUGAGUUAGCGACAUUAUUCGCAAGCAUAAAUACCACAGAAUUGUAUACAAUGCAUACAGAUCAAGUGCAAAAUUCUUUUAGAGCUCAAAUAGAACAUAAUCUAUCUUUAGUGAAUAGAAAAAUUGAUUAUAUUAUUCCCCAGAAUGUUAGGCGCAAACGAGGUCUUAUUAACGGUUUAGGCUCAGUUAUAAAGUCCAUAACAGGUAAUCUAGAUCAACAAGACGCUCUUAAAUUUGAAGCUGAUAUUUUGGCCAUUAAAAGAAAGGUCAAUAACAGUGAAAGCGUAUAG